AUGCUACAUCCUUUGGAAGUUAUUAAUCUACGUAUGAAGAUUCAGCAAUAUCCUAGUACCAAAUACAGUGGCAUAAUGCGCUCUAUCAAGACUAUUCUCAACGAAGAGGGUGUACGUGGCUACUUUAGUGGCAUGAGCACGACAUUAUUGGCAUCUCCAGUGUGUGCUGCCAUGUAUUUCGGUACAUACGAGACACUGAAAGCCACAGCCGCUCCAUUGGUACCAGAAGAGCAUCGUGGUAUGGUUUACUUUCUUGCUGGAGCUACAAGUGAAGUGAUCAUUUCAGCAGUCAGUGUACCAUCAGAAGUGAUUAAGUCACGAUUACAACUUGGAUGCAAUCCUUGCAAUGCCAGUGGAGGUGUUGUGAAAUAUACUCAGAAUUAUAGAGGUACAGCACAUGCAGCCAAGUCAAUUUUAAGGUCGGAGGGACUACGAGGACUAUAUUCUGGCUACUCGGCUUGUCUGAGUGUAGAUACGUUCUUUUCAGCCUUUUCGUUUCUAUUUUACGAGAAGUUGAAACACAGAUACCAGCAGCAUUUGGCUACGAAUCAUGUGGAACGAUCAUUGAAUUCGGCUGAAUCACUAGCUCUUGGUUCUGUGGCAGGUGGAGUGGCUGCAUUCUUGACGAACCCGUUGGAUGUCAUUACGGUACGACUCAUGACACAAGGCAAGAACAAAAAGUACAGUGGACUGCGUGACUGUUUUGUCAAGUCAAUAAGCAAUGAAGGACCCGGUGUUUUAUGGCGUGGUGCAUGUUGUCGUAUUGUGUCGAUCAUGCCUACCACUGGUAUUUGUUUUGGAGUUUACGAGACAAUUAAGCACACGUUCUUUCAUGGUGACCUAGACGACUUUGACUUGGUGUGA